CGUUAAAAUAAGAAAUGUAUAUUUAAUGAAGUGAAAAACUUAUUUUGUUGUAGAAGUGUUACAAUGAAAAUAAAAUUCUACAGAAUACUUCGAUUGAUAAUAAUCUUGUACAAAAGCAAAGUGUAUAAAAGUGAUCUGUAAAAAUAACAACAAAAAAAUUUGUAAAUAACAGAAAUUUGUAUAUAAAAAUAAUGCUAAAUUCAUGGCAAUUAAUGAUCGUUAUACCACUCGGCUGUUUGUGGAAUUCUUGCAUGAUUGAAACCUCUAAGCCUUGUCCCUUGGAAUGUAUAUGUUUAUCUCAAACUCAAGUACUUUGUAACACUGGCGGAUUGAAUCACAUACCAUUGCGACAUCUUCCUACGAAUGUUGAACAUUUAUCAUUGACAAAAAACCAUUUUCAUGUCAUCAAACCAGAUUCUUUUGCUGGUUUACGUGCUUUAAAAAAACUAUCACUAGAUGGAAAUAACAUAACGAAAAUUAAACAAUUUGCAUUUCGUGGCCUUCCACGCCUAAAGGAGUUAUCAAUACAAUACACACCACUUCAGGUUGUAACGAGUUUUGCCUUUGCUGGCCUCCAGAACCUAUCGACCAUACUCUUAAGCCACAAUCAAAUUGCCACUAUUGAAGCAUAUGCAUUCGCUGGCACAUCGAACGUUAAGCUAAUAUUGUUGACGAACAAUCCUUUGCUACGCAUAGAAAGUUUUGCAUUUUCCAGUCUCACUCAAGUGGGCCAUUUACUAUUACCUGCCGGCAUACGAACGGUGGAGUCGGAUGCCUUCUCUGGUAUGUACACAGUUGGUCUGCUUAAAUUAGCUUAUAUGGAUCUUGAGCAUAUACGACCGUAUACUUUUCGUGGUUUAUCGAACGUAUUGCUUCUCACCAUACAGGAAUCAGAUUUGGGUGUAAUAAGCAGUGAAGCCUUCGCUGGCUUGACUCAGGUGGACACAUUGCAACUUCUCAACAAUAAGAUUGAUAUAAUCGAAGCAUUGGAUUUCAAUGAGACAUCAGCCAUAAAAUAUUUGAAAUUGCAUGGCAAUCAUUUUCUACAGACACCUGAACCCGAUGCCAUCUGCCUCGAUGGAGUGGAUAAUUUAGAGUUGAACGACAACUACUUCCCCUGUGGCUGUCAUUUGCAAAAUCUCUUAGAUAGUGCAUUCGUCUCAAAAACACCAAACUCUACACAAAAACUACUUGAGCGCAACUAUUGCAUCUCACCAAUUGAAUUGAAUGGUCGUCUAAUAGCUGAAGUCAACAUAGAAACUAUGGCGCCCUGUCAAGAGCAUCUAAUGCAAGGCAAUUUAGGUUCAACGGCAAAUAAUCUAAAACUACACAAUUUAUGUUUUAUCGGAAUAUUUCUAUGGCUAAAAUGCCUCCCAGCUACAACAUUGUUAUAGCAUUGAAAUAAAGAUAUUAUCCUUUUCCUUGUACACAUAAGAACAUCAUUUCAUAACGUUGAGAUAAUGCUUUGUUAACCUGAUUUGUGCGUCAUUAUAAUGUUGGUUAUUCCGCAUAUUUUACACAUACACACACAUAUCUAUUUUUAGACUAAUCUCAAUAAAAUAUAUUUUUAUUUUCUUUUAUUUUAAUUUUAUGUUGCAGAUCUCUGUUUGCCAACUUUUUCUACUCUAUAAUAAAUACAAUAAAAUUAAAAUGUUUAAAAAAUAU